UCGUGGCUGGGCGUCCUGGCUGUUGCACCUCGGCCAAGAGGAAAGACAGGGACGGAGAGCGGAGGGGAGUCCUGCCCCGGCCGUGCCGGAAGCACGGGAGGCUAAGCAACGCGAGCUGGCCGCCAUUGGUCCCGCCUCCUGUGACGUCCCAUGGCAGUGGCCUCAGGGAUUCUCCCGACUGCUUGGAAAGACAGAAUCGGCCAAGAGGGCAGAUAGCUGUGACCCCAAUUGGCAUGGUCAUGUCUGAAGUCAUCCUUCUUUUCGCUUUUUACAAUGUCUCAAUCGUUUAUUGCCUAAUCUCCCUUCUACAUAAAUUGCUUCCACCUGGGCAUGUGUAGCCUGUUGAUUGACAUCAAGGGAGAGAAGUAGCAAGAAGCUGGUGUAUGAAGAGGCAAGUUUAAUGUCUGGAAAUGUGGUCCCCAGUCCCUGUUCUACUACUUGUCUCUGUGGAUUUCUGGACCCACCAUUCAAACUGAGACUUCAGACUCUUCAUCUGCAAAAAGUUGUGACAGAUUACGCAGUAGACAUGAUGAACAUCAAGGCCUUCACCUUGGUCUCUGCAGUGGAACGGGAGCUGCUGAUGGGUGACAGAGACCACAUCAGCAUUGAGUGUGUGGAGUGCUGUGGCAGGAAUCUCUAUGUUGGCACCAACGACUGCUUCAUUUACCACUUCCUGCUGGAGGAGAAGGCCAUGCCUACAGGGACAGCUACAUUCAUUGCCACCAAACAGCUACAUAGACACCUGGGCUUCAAGAAACCUGUGAACGAGCUGUGUGCAGCCUCAGCUCUUAAUAGGCUGCUGGUGCUCUGUGACAACUCUAUAACCCUGGUUAACAUGCUGAACCUGGAGCCAGUCCCCUCAGGAGCCCGCAUCAAAGGGGCUACAACAUUUGCAGUGAACGAGAACCCUGUGAAUGGGGACCCUUUCUGUGUGGAGGUGUGCAUCAUCUCUGUGAAGCGUAGGACCGUCCAAAUGUUUCUGGUGUACGAGGACCGAGUACAGAUUGUCAAGGAGGUGUCCACCACAGAGCAGCCUCUUGCUGUGGCUGUGGAUGGCUACUUCUUGUGCCUGGCCUUGACCACACAAUACAUCAUCCUGAACUACAGCACAGGCUUUUCCCAGGACCUGUUUCCCUACUGCAGUGAGGAGAAGCCACCCAUCGUCAAGAGGAUAGGCAGACAGGAGUUCUUGCUGGCUGGCCCAGGAGGCUUGGGCAUGUUUGCCACCGUGGCCGGGAUCUCCCAGCGUGCCCCUGUGCACUGGUCAGAAAAUGUAAUCGGGGCAGCUGUUUGCUUCCCCUAUGUCAUAGCGCUUGAUGACGAAUUCAUCACAGUUCACAGCAUGCUGGAUCAGCAGCAGAAACAGACCCUGCCUUUUAAGGAGGGUCACAUCCUGCAGGACUUUGAAGGAAGAGUGAUUGUUGCCACAAGUAAAGGAGUUUACAUCUUGGUUCCAUUACCUCUGGAAAAACAAAUACAGGAUCUAUUAGCAAACCGGAGAGUGGAAGAGGCUUUAGUCUUGGCAAAAGGAGCCCGAAGGAACAUUCCAAAAGAGAAGUUUCAGGUAAUGUACAGGAGGAUUCUGCAGCAGGCAGGCUUUAUACAGUUUGCGCAACUCCAGUUCCUGGAAGCAAAAGAGCUCUUCAGAAGCAGCCAGCUGGAUGUUCGGGAGCUGAUCUCUCUCUACCCCUUCCUGUUGCCCACCUCCUCCUCCUUCACCCGGUCUCACCCUCCUCUUCAUGAGUACGCAGACCUGAACCAACUGACCCAAGGUGACCAGGAGAAGAUGGCCAAGUGCAAGCGCUUCCUCAUGAGCUACCUAAAUGAAAUCCGCAGCACAGAGGUAGCAAAUGGCUACAAGGAAGACAUCGACACGGCCUUGCUCAAGCUGUAUGCAGAGGCUGACCAUGACAGCCUACUGGACCUCUUGGUCACUGAGAACUCCUGCUUGCUGACCGACAGUGCUGCCUGGCUGGAGAAGCACAAAAAGUACUUUGCACUGGGGCUGCUCUAUCAUUACAAUAAACAAGACGCCUCUGCAGUUCAGUUGUGGGUGAACAUUGUGAAUGGGGACAUCCAGGACUCCACACGCUCAGACCUGUAUGAAUACAUCGUUGAUUUUCUUACCUACUGCCUAGACCAAGAGCUGGUGUGGACCCAUGCUGACUGGCUGUUGCAGAAAAGCCAGGAGGUUGGAGUUCAGGUUUUCACCAAGAGACCUUUGGACGAGCAGCAGCAAACUAGUUUUAAUCCAGACGACAUUAUUAGUUGCCUUAAGAAAUACCCUAAAGCCCUGGUUAAGUAUCUGGAACAUCUCGUUAUCGACAGGAGAUUGCAGAAAGAAGAGUACCACACCCACCUUGCCCUCCUCUACCUGGAGGAAGUGCUUCGGCAGAGGGCACCCACUGGAGGCAAGGAUGUAGAAGCCACCGAGACACAGGCCAAACUCCGCAGGCUGCUCCAGAAGUCUGACUUGUACCGUGUCCACUUGUUGAAAGAGAAAAUCCAGGGUGCUGGCCUGCCCAUGGAAAGCGCCAUCCUCCACGGGAAGCUGGGUGAGCAUGAGAAGGCCCUGCACAUCCUGGUGCACGAGAUGGGGGACUUCUCUGCAGCUGAGGACUACUGCCUAUGGAGCUCCGAGGGUCAGGAUGCAGCCUGCCGUCAGCGCCUCUUCCACACGCUGCUUGCCAUGUACCUCCGUGCAGGCCCCUCUGCUCAUGACCUGACCGUGGCUGCUGUGGACUUGCUGAACCAUCAUGCCAGGGAAUUUGAUGCCACCCAGGUUCUACAGCUGCUGCCUGACACCUGGUCGGUGCAGCUUCUCUGCCCCUUCCUCACAGGGGCUAUGAGGGACAGCAUCCACGCCAGGAGGACCACACAGGUGGCUCUUGGCCUGGCCAAAUCAGAAAACCUGAUUUACAUGUAUGAUAAGAUGAAGCUGAAGGGAAGUGCCAUCUGGCUCUCAGAAAAAAAGCUUUGCCAGCUCUGCCAGAACCCUUUUGGUGAACCUGUGUUUGUCAGAUACCCAAAUGGAGGGCUUGUGCACACCCACUGUGCCGCCAGCAGACACACAAACCCCAGCUCGCCCAGCCCUGGCACUCGGACUUGAAAAGCCUGGUUCCAGGCUGCAAAGGGAUUCCAAGUUCCUUUCCAAACCUGUUCAUUUGUGUGAGCUGGAACAAAGGGAAGGUGUGGGCACCAGGGAGGUGCUGUCCCUGGGAAACAGGGCACUUCACUGCUCAUUGUUCUUUGUGUGAAUGUCAAUGGAAGGGCCUGACCCCCUCCCCUCCCCCACCCCACCCCAGGACAGUGACAGUCCAGGUGGUUACAGUCAUCCAAAGCACAAGCCAACUUUGAAAGGCAGGCGGUGUAGCCUGGGUGAUCCAGACAUAGGCGGGGCCUGGAAACAGGGUCUGCCUGGCCCAGGCAAGUGUCCAGGGUACAGAGGCCUGAGCUGGGCACCUUGCCUUUAAGGAGGUGUACUCUUCAUAUAGGCUCCACAUCUGCCCUGAAGUGCACGUAGUUUCUGUUCUUCCCAUCCAUCUGUCACCCUCUGAAACCCUCCGCCUCGGUUAGCUAAGCACUUACUUGGUGUGAAGUCCUAUGCUUCUGGCUGCCUAGCACACGGAAAUCUAUCUAGAAAGACAUAAAGCUUGAAGCAGACGGGAUGGUGAAAUGAUUCAGGGAGCAACGGCACUUGCCACCAAGCCUGACAACCUGAAAUCAAUCCACAGAGCCUACAUGAGGAGGGAGAGAACACGCGCUCGAGUGCAUGCACACGUGUGCGCGCGGGCACACACACACACACACACACACACACACACACACACACACACACACAUAUGGUGGGGAAAAGAGGAGAGGUCUAAGUGGAAAGAUCCUUUGCCCAUCCUGAAGACUGCAACAGAAAGGAGACCCAGGUGUGUGAGGGCCCAAAGUAGGUUCCUUCUCAUCCACUUGCAACUGCAAACACCUCGAUGGACAUGCACAACUCACAUGUCUAUUUGAAUUCAUAUCAUCUUCAUAGUUUCAUUUGGAAUUUCUCCAGCUGUAUUCACUGCAGAUAGCUCUUUCCUCGUUAAAAUGUACCUUCUACUGAACACUUGGGAAAUUCAAAGGGAAAUGUGACCAGUAAGCCAGUGAGCCUUCCAGGAGAGGCUCAGGCUGGCCUCCUCCCUGGCGGGCAGCUGUCAGGGCUGCUUUCCGAUGCUGUGCCCACAGGCGUUUCUGCAGGAUCCUAGGCUAGGCCACCUUAUCUGCCAGCACUUUCCAUGCCUGUCUGGAGCUUUCCUGAACCCUCAAAGGAAAGGUCUCAUCUGUGACCAAUGGACUUGGUGUCUCUGUCACAUCACAGACAAACUGCAGCUCUUGCCAUUCCCCUGCUCUCUGAAGUCAUCCCUGGGAUGGUGACUCUGAGAACCUCAGGGCAGAUCGCGCAUCUCUACCAGGAUGCUUGGAAAAGAGCAUCUCCUAGGCUGAGGGGAUGGCCACAGGACACACCCCACCCCAGCUGUCCAUUCUUGACAAAAUGAUCUCUGCACUUAACAAUAAUCCAUAUAUUUCUUUUCCCUUUGGGAUUCCAAGUAAGCCGGGAAGUAAAAGCACCCGUGAGUGACCAGGGGACUGGCACCCUUUUCCCUACGUGAGUUGAAUGUCUGAGAAUAAAUGAUGACGUCUCCUUGCAGCUCCACCGCGUCAAGGAUGACUGAGAAUGCUCUUCUCACUGUGUGUCAUUACAACCUACGAACUGGUGGUUUAACCUGAGCACUGUCAAACCUGCAAGCACCGUUUCCCACGAACAGCGUGGGUGCAGUCUCAGAAAGGGCUUGUGAUUGCUCACUGCUAACGUGAGGGACCCCUGUCUCUUCUCUGAGUAUUGAUCGAUGAAGUCGAGCAGCCCAGCCCCCGCCCCCACCAAAUCCUUUAAAGCAGACAGUUCUACAAGGUGGAGAGCCACCUCACAUGUUACAAACUCUUAUUUCCUUACCUUCCUCAAACUCUCCCAGGGGCCAUUUCACAAAUCCCAUUUUUAAAAUGAACACAGCAUAGUUUUGUCACAGCCCUGCUCUCUCGUGACUGUCCCUGGGUAGCACAACAGCUGGCGCUCAGCUCCUUCCUCGGGCUCUGUAGCCAUGCUAGCUGGAACUGCACAGGCUGAGCUCAGGUCACAUUGGCAUCUGGAGGGGAGCAGGAAUGUUCAGUUUGACUGUUUAUCUGCUUCUGCCUACCAGGCCUGUCACCUACGCUGUGGGCACCAGGUCUGAGCACAGAGUUUAGAGAGGCUCUGUGAGCCGUGGUCGACAGCCCUGGAGCACAGAGAAAUGGGUCACACUGUCAUGGGGCGCCUGUUGCACAACUAGGGCAACCCUUGCUUCCUGCUUGCUCUCCCACAGGAAUCUGUCAUCAUAGCUUCCUUUGCCUCUUAAUGGGUCCCAAACCCACAAGAUGUACAAAUGUAAACUUGAUGAUUUUAUUAAAAUUCUUCUAAUUCUU